AGGAGGGUUAAGUGGGUUAAGUGAAUGAAUCCGCGGUCACACUGGCACCGACUCGUGCGCUCCUGAUUUUUAAAUAAUAAAUUUAAUUUUUAUUAAUUAAAACCGACUCGAACCAUGGCUUCCAUACUGCGGACGGGGAAACUGUUUCGCUACUUUGCUGGCUUCACCCGGAAUGUGCUGGUCAACUCAGUGCGCGAGAACGAGGCGAGCAAUCUGCUGACAAGUGCGCCCUGCAUUUGCAGCCAAUUCCAGAGUGGCUUCGCUACGAAUGCCGCCGCCAAGUCGGAGCUGAGUCUCGAUAAGCAGAUCCGUCGUCUGGACCACGAUGUGCGACGCAUUGGCCGCAUUUCACGACGGGAUCUGGAGGAAAUCCUCGAUGAGAUACGCACACACCGCACCGCGACCAGUUCGCAGUCGUUGAUGGUCAUACGAUGCUGUGGGAAUCUGGUGCCCGAGGAGUUGCCCGAGGUACGCACAGCCCUGGUGCAGGAGAUCUGGAAGACCCUGAAUGCCCUCAAUGUACCCAUGGACAUCUCCCAUUACAAUGCUCUGCUGCGCGUGUACCUGGAGAACGAGCAUCCCUUUGCACCCACGGAUUUCCUCGCCGAGAUUGAGGCUAAAGGCAUCGAACCCAACAGAGUGACAUAUCAGCGACUGAUUGCACGCUAUUGCCAGCAGGGUGACAUCGAGGGUGCCACCAGAAUCUUGGAGUUUAUGCGGGGCAAGAGUCUGCCUGUGAAUGAGAAUGUCUUCAAUUCCUUGAUCCUGGGACAUUCGCAGGCCAACGAUUUGGAGUCGGCGAAGGGCAUUCUGGCGGUGAUGAAGCAGGCCGGCCUAGAGCCCAGUGCCGACACUUAUACGACUUUGCUGUGUGCGUUUGCCCGUCAUGGAGAUCUGGCUGCUUUGCAGGAGACCCUCACAGAAUGCGACCAAAAAGAGAUCAUCUUGCAGGACAAGGAUCUGCUGGAUACUGUGUACACCCUGGCGGUGAAUGGCAAUAGCGAAAAGGUUGAUGAUUUGCUCGCAAAGUUGCACAUCUCCCCGGGCUUCAAUCAAGAUGCCGUCAACGUGAUACUACGUCUCGUGAACAAGGGCCACGAAGAGGUGGGUCUGCAGAUUCUGCGUGUGAUGCCAAGAUCGAAUCGCGUGAAUGGCGAGCCCGUGGAUGUGGGCGCCUUCUUCAUCCGACAAAUGGUAAAGGCCAAUCGCCCGGUGGAGAAGAUUCUGAGCAUCUGCAAGACCCUCCAAGCAGAAGGACUCAAUCCCAAGGCCUUGUCCAUUGCCACGGAGGCGGGUCUCACCAAUGGCGUCGUGAACAAUGCUCUGCCGCUGCUCAAGGAGAUGAAGAAUGCCGGUUUGCCCAUCCGCCAGCACUACUUCUGGCCCCUCAUCUGCUCGGUGGAGUCCAAUCAGGUGCUGGAUAUUGUCCGUCGCAUGCAGCAGGAGUUUGCAGUGCUUCCCAACUCGGAAACGAUCAGGGAUUAUGUGAUUCCCAGCUUAAAGGAGAAGAACUGGGAGCGUGUCAUCACUGCCUUGAGGGAUGCUGGUGUCUCCAACUCCACGGCUGUCACUUCUGCUGUUUAUGCCGCUUUAGUCACGCAUCAAAUUGCAGAUGCCGCCAAGAUUAUGGAGCAGAACAGGGCCCACUAUGUCCCGAUGCUCUUCAGGCAGCCCUUGAUUCUCGCCCUAAGCCACACAAAUGAUUAUGCCUCGUUUAUCCGCUGCGUGAGGCAGAUCCAUGAGGGUCUGCAACAGCGGUCUGCUGGCAAAGAGGAGGAGGCCGAACAGGGAGAGGCGGCAGCAGCAGCUACGGAGAAGAACAGCGUCCCCGAUGUGGUGGGUGGCAUUGUCCAGGAGGCAAGCAACUACUUCCAUCGCGAUCGUGUGGCCACGCUGGAGAAGAUCCUUCUGGGAUUGGUGAAGCAGGGGCUGUCCAUCAGCAGCGCAAAGGCCACCCAGCUCUCGGACCAACUGGGUGCCGAAAUGACGCCCAAGAUUUCCGAAUUGCUGGGAAAACUAAGCUCCGGAGAGCUGGAGCCGACGCCUCUGCCAAGCAGCGGCAAGCGUACAUUGGAUUCCCUGUCCAUCGAUGAAUUGGAACGCUUCAUUGUUAAUGUGGAGGCCAAGGGCGAGAAUGCAAACAACAUCAAAAGACAGCUCCUAAAUGCCUGUUUCCGUUCUCAAAACAUUGAAAAGACCCUGCAGGUCAUAGAAAAACUGGAAUCGGAAAAGUACCAGAUCCCAUUGGGCAUCCAUGCGCAGCUGGUUGAUCUGUAUACGCACCACAAGCGCAGCUCUGAGGCCCUGGACGUCUACACGAAGCUAAGGGCCAAAGAACCUACAUUCCAGUUGGAUAACCUGAAGACAGUGCGACUGGCAGAUCUGUUGCUGCAGGAGGAGCGUGUGGAGGAGGCCUUCCAGCUGCUGGCGGAUAACAAAAAGGAUGCACCCAUCAGCGAAACCGAAGGAAGCUUCAAUUAUGUGAGCACCGUGUGGCGUGUGCUCAAUGCCAUCGCAGAGGCCGGGCAGCCGGAGAAGCUGCGUCGCCUGUUCGAUGCUCUGUUAGCCGACAACUAUAUUGUGCCCACAAAUGUCCUGCUGGGGCCACUGAUCAAGGUGCAUCUGGUGAAGGACGACAUACCCAAGGCCAUUGAAACGUUCGAGGGGAUCUGCAAGACGUACAAGGUGACACCCUGGAAGAAUGAGCUCUCGUGCCGUCUCAUCCAGAAGGAGGAUGCCGUCAAUCUGCAGCGUCUGACCGAUCUGAGCACGGGCAUCCAUGGCGAGGUCAACAGUUUGUACGAUCUGGUCUUUUCCUUUGUGGAAUGCGGUCGCGUGCGUCAGGCCAGGAAGAUCCUGGAGACACCCGGCCUGCGCACACGCCCCCAGAGGAUCAGCAGUGCCUGCGAUCGGUAUCGGAAUGAGGGUCUGCUGCAGCCCCUCGAGGGUCUCAUAGAAGCCACCAAGGACUUGGGACACAUCGACCGAAACAAGAUCUAUUACACGCUUUUGCUGAGCUACGACAAGGCCGAUGAGGCCGAAAAGGCUCUCGGAUUGUGGACCAAAAUGCAGGAAGAGUCUCUGACACCCACCGAUGCAUUCCUCUUGAAGCUGGCGGAAAUUCUGAGGCGCAAGAACAUUGAUGUGCCAUUUGUGGUGCCCGAAACGCAGCAGCAAUCGAGAAGGAACAGAGCGCCCAAAAAUCCGGAGCAAACGAAGACAGAUACGCCCAAGGAGGAGUCCGCAGUCAAGAAAGAGCCGACACCAAAGAAGGAGCCAGCCAAGCAGGAGGCUACUGUAAGGCCCGUCUCCCACAAGUCUGGCUUCCGCAAGGCACUGCUGGCCAACGAUCCGGAUGCGGCCAUCAGCCACAAACAGAACCUGGCAGCCACCGACAAGAUCAACGUUCUGGACACUUCCCGACUCAUUGAGCUCCUGGUGCGUGACGAUCGUCUGGCCGAGGCCACAAAAUAUGUGGAGGAACUCCUGGCCGAUGGACUCCAUCCGCAGAUAAAGAUCUUCAGGUUCUAUUUGAACAAAGUUGCCGCUGCGGGGGAUCUGGAAACCCUGCAGAAGAUUGGCAAGCAGUUGAACGAAGAGCAGAAGCGCAUGGUGUCGUUUGACAAUCGUUUCUGCCAUGCCAACAUUGUGGCCGGCAAGGCUGAGCCGUUCCUCAAGCAAUUGACCGUCGAGAUAGACACCGCCAAGACGCCCGAGGAGGCGGCCAAGCAGGCGGAGAAGUUCCCGCGUGGCGGGGCCGUUGGCAUACUCGACAAGCAUCCGGAACUGGUGCCGCAAUAUCAAACGCUGGCGGAGAAAUUUGCCGCCCACAAUCAAUUGGGGCCCAUGAAUGUGCUGUGGAUGCAUUUGAUAUCCAGCGGUCAGGAGGCGGCCUCCAAGGAGAUCUGGGACAAGCAUCUGUCGCAGUUGCCGCGUCUGAUGUUCCAGCGCGUUCUGCAGACGGCCCGUGAGCAGCAGGACGAGAAGCUGGCCACGUCGGUGAUCUCACAGCUGAGGGAUAGCAAAAUAUCCGAAGGAGCCAUUGGCAAUGCCUACUCCUGUCUGAUUGACAUCCAAACGACCAAGGGAAACCACGAAAAGGCUCUCGAUGUGCUCUCCAAUGCUGUGAAAGAUGUCUCACUGGAGAAUAUCAAUCGCACGGCCCUGCUGAGGCUCAAGCAGGCUGUCGAGGAGAAGGAUCUUAAGUUCCCCUAUUCGAUACCCGAGAAGCGUGUAUCCAAGGCUGAUUCUUCCUCGUCCUCCACCUCCUCGUCGGACAGUAGCGACGAUGAUGUGUCGCCGAAUAUUCCCGAAACAGUGCCACGCAAACCCGGAAACCAGGUCUAGAUCGGGUAUAAGCCUUAAAACCUAUUGUAAUUAAUUUUAUUUUAAGUAUUUACUAUGGAUAAAUAAUAUUGAUUGUAAACUAAAAAAAUAUAUAUUUUAGUUCUCGUUGUUCCAAGUG